AGUACAUGCACACAAGGCAAAACACACUGGUUUGUUUUUAAAAUCCUCCGUCCUCCUCAAUUCCGUUACCGUCAGCGUCAACCUCCGUUUCUCUCAUCUUCACCGUUCAUCUCCUCCGAUCUAACUCGCCGUCGACAACGGUAUGAUUGACGCCGGCAACGAUUCCUUUUCGCCGGGAUCUUCCCGUCCUUCGCCUUCGACGCUUUCUCGGGAGGAUUGCUGGAGCGAGGAAGCGACCUUCACGCUAAUCCAAGCCUGGGGCAGCCGCUACGUCGACCUUAGCCGCGGUAAUCUCCGUCAGAAACACUGGCAAGAGGUGGCUAACGCCGUUAACGACCGUCACUUCAACACCGGCCGAAACGUUUCCGCCGCCAAAUCGCAGCCGUACCGCACCGACGUUCAGUGUAAAAACCGGAUCGACACCUUGAAGAAGAAGUACAAAGUCGAGAAGGCUAGGGUUUCGGAAUCGAAUCCCGGUGCCGCCUACAUCAGCCCAUGGCCUUUCUUCUCCGCUCUCGAUGAACUUCUCCGGGAAAGCUUUCCGACGUCUAGUACUCCUGAUUCGACUGAUAACCAGAGGCUUUCACUGCCGAUGUCGAUUAUACCAAUUCCGGUCGCUCCACGAUCGGCGAUUCCCAGGCGUCCGGCGCCGGCGCCGGCGAUUAUGCCUCCCGGAGGUGACAAUUUGCUCGGAUUUCGCGGAAAUCUCAACGCAUUCGCGGCAGCUGCAGCGGCCGCCGCUUGCCCGGCGUAUGAAGAUGAUUCGGAUGGGUCAAGGUCCAGAUCGAGCGGAGGUAACAGGAAGCGCGAAAGGGAAAUUGAGCGGAAUCAAGGUUACAAGGAAGUUGCAGACGCAAUUGAGAGGCUUGGGCAGAUAUACGAGAGGGUGGAGGAGAGGAAGCGAAAGGAAAUGGUGGAGUUGGAGAAGCAGAGGAUGCGAUUCGCCAAGGAAUUGGAGUGCCAUAGGAUGCAGCUGUUCACUGAGAUGCAGGUUCGUCUUCACAAGCUCAGGCGUACCUCUGGAUCCAAAGGCCCGACUUCUUCAGCCUCCGCCGCUCUUGAUUAUGGGAUGAUGGAUUUCCCUAGUUACUUCUAAGGCAGGAUGUGAUUGUAGGCCAUUGAUGAAGAAGGAAGAGUCAGCAUUAAAUAGGUUAUUCCACCAGCCAAUAGAAGGAGGAUAUGGUAAACAAAGAAAAAAGAGUUUGUCUUUCUUUUUGUAAAUUUUUGCUCCCUUUCCGAUUCCAUCCCAUGAAACCCAAAAAUAGACAUUUUUUGGUUACGACUUUGGUGAUGUUUAUUUUGGUAUAUUUACACAAUGAAUUAGUACAAGAAAUGGGUUUU